CUCCUGACGUAGGCAUCCAUCGUCUGUGGUUUCUAACCAAAACCACCUCGUAUGCAAUUUCGCUGAUCGUUGAUCUAAUACGACCGCCAUUAAAGAGGAGGCGUUUUUUUAGAGACGAUAUGCAACUCGUGACAUAAGCAAUCGAUCACUUACGUCCCAGGUAAUAGUGCGUUAUGUGGUCUGUGGUUUCUAAGCCCAACUAGCAGACACGGUUGGCUUGCCGAUAACCUUUGCUCUCAAUUUUUUACGAACGGAAUGUAUUAACCGGAGUGAUUUAAAAUUUAUAUGCUGUAAUUUGUUUCUUUAGUGUUGUUAGUUUUGGUUUUGACGGGCCUGUUGAAAACAGACGUCGGUGAUUACUGAUUAAUGAUUUCACUUGGGUAGCCAAGUCCACAGACGGGCCAGACACUGAUAAACUAACCUCUUGUGCGGUGUGAUACGCGACAGAAUUGAAUUGUUGUAAUUUCCCAUAAAAUGAGCAGGGGUAUGGAGUUGAAGGAGCUGAAGGCUUUGUGCCGGACUUGUUUGUCGCCGGAAACUAGUUUAACGUCUUUGUUUACUCUAAUAAACAUCUCCAAUAAAGAACCGCUAUGGCUAAAUGUGAUAUUCGAAAAGUGCACAUCUUUAGAGGUUUCGCAGGACGACCUGUUUUCCGUUAAAAUCUGCGACGGCUGCCUGGAGAAGCUGAUCGUUUCAUAUUUGUUCAAGGAGCUGUGUUUCGAAUCGCAAGACAAACUACGACAGGUUUACGAGUCGCGGUUGUUGGAAAACUACGGCUUGGAAGAUUCUUUGUUCGAUAACAAAGGACUCGGAGAUACGAAACGAUCCGAGACCGAAUCAUCCGAUUCGAAUAACGACGGGGACUGCUCGGUUGCGUGCGAGGUACUCGAAGCUGAGUUUCCGUGUCCCACGUGCCGUAAAGUUUUCACUUCAGAGGACUCGCUGCGGCAACACUCCACCUCACACACGGAUUUCGAGAAAGACCGAUGUCCGGUUUGCGCGAGACAAUUUGCGAGGUCCUACGACGUCAAGAGGCAUUUUGCGUCUGUGCACGGCGGCGAAAAGCCGCACACGUGCCGGAUUUGCAAUGCCUCAUAUACCCAGUCGGGCACCUUGAAAAAACACAUGCGAAAGCAUGGCUGCGCAGCCGAUUGCAAAAUCGCCGAGAAAAAAACCGAGGAAAAGCCCCACCUGUGUUACAUUUGCGGGAAAUCGUUUAAAUUCUCUUCAAGUUUGACGAUUCACGUUAGGAGACAUGUGGGCGACAAACCGUACCGAUGCAAAGUGUGCAAUGUGAGGUUCGUGUCAAGCGGUCGUCUGACGACGCACGCCAGGACCCACACCGGCGAACGUCCGUUCGCGUGUAAAAUAUGCGGCAAAACUUUCUCCCACUCCUCGGUCGCAGCGAAACAUUUCAAAUCUCACUCCUGUGCGAAACCCUACGAAUGCGGCCGAUGCGCCAAAACCUUUUCCACGCCCUACUAUUUGAACAUUCACCGUCGGUUGCACAGCGGCGAGAAGCCGUUCGAAUGUCCGACCUGCCGAAAAGCCUUCGCCGACCCGAAGAACCUGAAACAGCACAAAAAGAUCCACACCGACGUGAAGGACUACCACUGCGUCCUGUGCGGCAAGUCGUUCAGGCGGAAUCACCACUUGAAAGCGCACAUGAACGUCCACGGCAGACGAUAAAACCUACAAGUCGCGUUCGAAAAUAAAGUAGU